AUGUCCAGCACGCCGCACGACCCCUUCUAUUCUUCUCCUUUCGGCCCAUUUUAUAGGAGACACACACCCUACAUGGUGCAGCCGGAGUACCGGAUCUACGAGAUGAACAAGAGACUGCAGUCUCGCACAGAGGAUAGCGACAAUCUCUGGUGGGACGCGUUUGCCACGGAGUUUUUUGAAGAUGAUGCCACCUUGACCCUUUCCUUCUGUCUGGAAGACGGACCGAAGAGAUAUACUAUCGGCAGGACCCUCAUCCCCCGCUACUUUAGCACUGUGUUUGAAGGAGGGGUGACUGACCUGUAUUACAUUCUCAAACACUCAAAGGAAUCGUACCACAACUCGUCCAUCACAGUGGACUGUGACCAGUGUGCGAUGGUCACCCAGCACGGGAAGCCCAUGUUUACCAAGGUGUGUACAGAAGGCAGACUGAUCCUGGAGUUCACCUUUGAUGAUCUCAUGAGAAUAAAAACAUGGCACUUUACCAUUAGACAAUACAGAGAGCUGGUCCCAAGAAGUAUUCUCGCCAUGCAUGCACAAGAUCCUCAGGUCCUGGAUCAGCUGUCCAAAAACAUCACCAGAAUGGGGCUAACAAAUUUCACCCUCAACUACCUCAGGUUGUGUGUAAUACUGGAGCCAAUGCAGGAACUGAUGUCGAGACAUAAAACUUACAACCUCAGUCCACGAGACUGCCUGAAGACCUGCCUGUUCCAGAAGUGGCAGCGGAUGGUGGCACCGCCAGCAGAACCCACACGGCAACCGACAACAAAGCGGAGAAAAAGGAAAAACUCCACCAGCAGUACAUCCAACAGCAGCGCCGGGAACACUGCCAACAGCACCGGGAGCAAGAAAAAGACGCCCGCCGCCAACCUGAGUCUGUCCAGUCAGGUACCUGAUGUGAUGGUGGUAGGAGAGCCAACUCUGAUGGGAGGUGAGUUUGGGGACGAGGACGAAAGGCUAAUCACUAGAUUAGAAAACACGCAGUAUGAUGCGGCCAACGGCAUGGACGACGAGGAAGACUUCAACAAUUCGCCUGCCCUGGGAAACAGCAGCCCGUGGAACAGUAAGCCUCCCGGCACUCAAGAGACCAAAUCAGAAAACCCCCCGCCCCAGGCUUCCCAGUAA